AUGAAUUACGGAACUUCUGCUUCAUCAGCAUCAUAUCGUAAAAUAAAUAAUCUACCGAUCCAACAAAAUACAUCUCAGACCACCACCACAGGCACAGGCACAGGCAACGCUGGCUCUCACCAUCAUCUACAACACCCACACCUACACCCUCAACAGACACAACAAUAUCAACACCAACAGUUACAACAACAGAAUAAACAAAAUUUAAACAUUUCAUCUAAUCAAAUGCCCAUGAUACCACAACCUGCAUUAAUGGCCUCGAGUUCAAUACUUACUUUGGGUCCAUUUAAACAUCGAAAAGAUUUAACUAGAGAGUCGGUGUUGAGUACAUAUCUGAUCUUAGGAUAUAUUGCUGCUGGGACUUAUGGGAAAGUCUACAAAGCGAAAUUGAAGAAUCAUAAUAAGGAUAAAAUUAUUGAAGGAAUAGGUGGUGGAGGAGAAGGGGAUUUGAAUUUACAAAAUACGAGUACGUUAAUAUCGAGUAUUGGUACCGAUCAAAUGGAUAUAGACGAUGCAGUGGAUGACAAUAAGCCGAUGAAUCAAUUUUUUGCGAUUAAGAAAUUCAAAAGUGAUAAUCAUGGCCUGACAAAGACUCAUCAUAAUCAUGAUAUAAAUGGAAAUGAAAUUAUUCAUUAUACAGGUAUUUCACAGAGUGCAAUUCGAGAAAUGUCAUUAUGUCGAGAAUUAAAUAAUAAGAAUAUAACCAAGUUAGUUGAUAUUAUACUUGAGAAUAAAUCAAUUUAUAUGAUUUUUGAAUUUUGUGAACAUGAUUUAUUACAAAUAAUUCAUUAUCAUUCUCAUCCUGAAGUCAAACCAAUACCGACAUCCACAAUAAAAUCCCUAUGUUGGCAAAUUUUGAAUGGGGUUACAUUCUUACAUCAAAAUUGGAUUUUCCAUCGUGAUUUGAAACCAGCAAAUAUCAUGGUUUCAUCUCAAGGUGUAGUUAAAAUCGGUGACUUAGGACUUGCCCGGAAAUUCAACAACCCCUUACAAUCCUUAUACACCGGUGAUAAAGUCGUAGUCACCAUCUGGUAUCGAGCUCCCGAAUUAUUAUUAGGAACCCGACAUUACACCCCCGCGAUCGAUUUAUGGGCCGUCGGAUGCAUCCUAGCCGAAUUAUUAUCCCUUCGACCAAUCUUUAAAGGAGAAGAAGCCAAAAUGGACAUCAACAAUAAGAAAUCCGUCCCAUUCCAAAAAAACCAAUUUCAAAAAAUAAUCGAAAUCUUAGGAACACCCACGCUAAAAAACUGGCCAAAUUUGAAUAAAUACCCCGAAUAUCCUCUGUUUACGCAACAAUUCACCCAGACUUAUCCAAACUCAAAUCUUGUGAAUUGGUAUAAGAUGAUCGGAGGCACUAAUAAACAAUGUUUGGAAUUAUUGAAAGGAUUAUUGGAAUAUGAUCCCGAGGUUAGAUUGACGGCCGAUAUGGCAUUAUUACAUCCAUAUUUCUUGGAAUUGCCAAAGGUGCAAGAAAAUGCUUUUGAAGGAUUGAGUUUUAAAUAUCCUAAUAGAAGGAUAUAUACUGAUGAUAAUGAUAUUGUUAGUAAUCAUGCAAUUAAUCAGAAUUAUAAACGAGGUGGAGGCAAUUUGGAUGAUGGAGCCGGUGGAGGUGGUGGAGGUGCAGGGGGACAAGGAAGCGCAAGAAAGAAGAGAGGUUAG